AUGACUAAUAAGCUAUUACCAUUCGAUUCUCGUCAAAUAAUAUGUGAGCUAAAAGAAUAUAAUAUUCAAUUGAAAUUAUUAAUAUUACGAUUAAAUGGUUGUCUGUUCGUUUGGUUAGGUAAUGAAGAGAGCAAAUUGUCCGGUUUAUCUGUAUGUCUGCCUUCACAAAUAUCACCAUCUGAUCAACAUAGUGCUACAAUCUAUUCAGUAACUGGUACAUCACGAAAUCCAUUUAGUGAAUAUGAAGAAAAUUUAUCAUAUUUUGGAAUUGAUGUAGCAAUUUCUAGAAAGUUGAAUAGUAGAUAUGAUCCAGAUGCAGAACGUCAAGUGAUGGGAUGGAUACAACAAUUAACUGGACAAAAUAUUCCUCUUGGACGUGAAAAUGUUCAAAGAACAUUAAAAAAUGGUCAAAUACUUGUUGAACUUAUCAAUGCUGUAUAUGAACGUACACCGAAUUUACCACCAAAAGCUCAAACAAUACGUAGACCAAUAAAUGCAAACACAGGAACUGCACCAUUUAAACAAAUGGAGAAUAUUCAACGAUUUCUUGAUUUAUCCGAAGCAUAUGGUGUACCACGUGAAUGUUUAUUUCAAACUGUUGAUUUAUUUGAAGCAAGAAACAUGGCACAAGUAUUAGCUACUCUAUUACAAUUAGGAACUGAAUGUCAACGUAAUGGAUUUCAAGGUCCUGUUUGUGGACCAAAACCUACUUAUUCACAACCACGUCAAUGGACAGAAGAGAAAUUACGUGCUGGUGAAGGGAUUAUUGGUUUACAAGCUGGAACAAAUAAAUUAGCAUCACAAAAAGGAAUGUCAUUUGGUGCUCAACGUCAUAUUGCUGAUAUACGAUGUGAUGAUAUGACACCAGAAGGUGCUGCUGUUUUAAGCUUACAAAUGGGUACAAAUAAAUUUGCAUCACAAAAAGGUAUGAGUUUCAGUAAUCAACGUCAUAUUGCCGAUAUAAAAUGUGAUGAUCUAUCACAAGAAGGUAAAUCUGUAAUAAAUUUACAAAUGGGCACAAAUCAAUUUGCUUCACAAAAGGGUAUGCGAAUUGGCAGUAGUCGUCAUAUUGCUGAUAUCCGUUGUGAUGAUAUAUCAAAAGAAGGUCAAAAUGUUAUCAGUUUACAAUAUGGUACUAAUAAAUUAGCUAGUCAAAAAGGUAUGCGUAUGGGUGGUCAACGUCAUAUUGCCGAUAUACGUUGUGAUAAUUUAUCUGCAGAUGGAGCAUCUGUUAUUGGUUUACAAAUGGGUUUACCACAAAAUCAAGUUGCAUCACAAGCUGGUAUGUCAUUCGGUGCUCAUCGACAUAUUAAUGAUUCACAUUAA